AUGUCUACCUGCUGCAAAGAGGGAUUCAAGUGGAACGGCGAGUCUGUCGGCAAGGAGACCAAGCUCGGAAACAACCAGGCAUACGUCACUGGCGACAACAAGGAUGCCGCUGUCCUCAUCGUCUGCGAUGUCUUUGGCUGGACGCUGCCCAACAUCCGUCUGUUGGCCGACCACUAUGCCAAGGAGGCCAAUGUGACCGUCUACGUUCCCGAUUACUUCGAGGGCGAAGUAGUCAGCCCCGAAAUGAUGGACGACCCGGAAAAGCGCAAAAACUUCGACAUCAUGGCCUUCAUCGGCCGCAACGGCAAAGACAAGCGCUACCCCGAGAUCUCGGCCAACGCAAAGGAACUCAAGUCCACCUACAAGAAGGUCGCCGCCAUCGGUUUCUGCUACGGCGCCUGGGCUGUUUUGCGCCUGGGAGCCAAGGAAGGCGGCAUCGUUGAUGCUGCAGCAGUCGCUCACCCUUCUCUGCUCGAAGAGUCUGAAAUUGCCAACGUCGGAGUGCCGGUGCAGUUUUUGGUUCCCGAGACCGAUCCCAUGUUUACGCCCGAGUUGAAGGAGUUUACGCUCAAGACUCUGCCUACGCUGAAUGUGCCUUUCAACUACGACUACUACCCUGGUCUGGUCCACGGUUUCGCUACUCGUGGCGAUCAGAGUGAUCCCAAGCAAAAGGAGGGUCUGGAGAGAGCCAAGAACUCUGCUGUUUACUGGUUCAAGCAGUACUUGCACUAG